AUGUUGUGGCAUGGCAGCGACCGAUCUGGCCGACGUCGACAUGGUCUGCCCAAUGUUGAGUUGACGUGUCGACAUGCCUUCGGCCCGGGGCCCCGGGCACAUCUCCCAUUAGAAAAGCCAGAGCCAGAGCCAGAGCCACCACAAAAAUCCGCUCAACUCCAGUCUUCAUUCUUGACGAUGGACGCACCCAAACCAGGAAGAACGAGAACAAAGCGGCUGGCUAGGAACUUGGUCCUCAAGCUCGGCCUGCUCUCACUCCUCAGCACCACCACCCUCAUCAACACCGUCCGAGCAUCUGCCGAUGCGCAUCGAAGAGAUGAUAUCUCUUUCAGAGGCCCAGUACCUGAAGACCUUCACGUGCCUCACUGGGACUUCUCGGGAUCUGCCCAUCGAAUUCCUUCAGCAAAAGAUUUUGUUCGACUGCUUACUCCUUUCCCAUUAACAUACGGGGCGAUGUUUACAGAACAUCCCAUCCCAUUCGACCAGUGGUCGGUUGAGAUCGCAUUCCGAAUUCAUGGUAGUUACAGUGAUAUCCACCACGGACAUCACAAUGAGACACACGUCUCUGAUGACGAUGACGAGAUCACCGGUAAAGGUGGAAGAGGUAUUGCGUUUUGGUACACAAAGGCGUCUAACCCUACACCUGUCGUUGCAUCAUCGGAUCCCAAAAAACACGUUGUCCCACGCCCUCCAUUGACUGUAGAUCAAUUCCCAGACCCAUUGGAUGAUGCAGUCUCAUUUUUUGGUGGCCCGACGAAUUUCAAUGGAUUAGCAGUCGUGAUCGACAACCAGCCCUCUUCACCGUUGACGAGACGGUCCGAUCGAAAACAUUGGGGACCAGAAGAGAGUGGGAUCGGUGCGGAGGAGUGGUCUGUCGUCAGCGGAGUGAUGGAUGAUGGGAGAGGACAUACCAAGUGGCUCGAAGAUCGCAAGCGCAGUGAUUUGGAUGAAGAUGAAGAAGCUGCCUACCUGAACCACACCAUUGGUGAUUGCCAAGUUGCACUCCGCAAUGCAGCUGGUGUUGUGUGGAUGAAGGUUACUUAUGUUGGUCACCAACUCACGGUUUCGUUGGAUAUUUCCCCCCAUAACACUCUAUCUGGAGAGAGCCGGCACUACAAACGAGAGUGCUUCUCUGCGAAAGAUGUGAAACUGCCCAAGGGAUAUCACAUGGGGCUGACUGGCUUGGCGAGUCCCAGUGACGAGGCAGAUAACGUUGAUAUAUAUGCUAUAGAAGUCAAAGAGAUCAAGGGAAAAGCCAAAUCAGAGGAAGAAGUCGUAGAGCAUUAUAAGGAGGAACACGUUGCUGCUGAUGACGUCAAAUUGGAAGGUACAGGAAAAACCAGAGACCCAACCAACUUGGCAUUUGAAGCGUUGAACUCGCAAAGGGAUUGGGCCCAAACGAUCAAACAAAUGUCACAAAAGUUAGAUAGUCUAGGAAGCCGACCUUCCCAGCUCAACAAUGCGAACGGACAGGCAGCCGAAAGUGCUUCAAGCGGGAAUAAUGGUGUAGAUAAACAACUUGAAGCUAUCAAUACCAAGCUGGAUACCAUUCUUCACAAAAUCGAGAAGGUUGCGGCUCCGGGGGGACCUGGAGGCUCAGAGAAAACCGAACUAUUACAAAAAAUAUUCGAUUUGGAAGAGCAAUCCAACAGACAUGAGAUGUUCUUAUCGGAACAGAUCGAAGAAUUGAGACAUUUGAUUCUCAAUCCGCCACCCCCGACUUACCGGGAAGAUCACCAUUUCAAGCCCCUCGAACACCAGCACGAUGAGAUUACAGGAUCGCCAUCAUCGGCUGAUCAUCCACCACCAUCGUUCACCGAUCACUUCCAGCAAGACCGAGCCUCCAAUCACCACAAGAAGGAUAAAAUGACGAUGCUGCAGUUCUUGGGUUGGUCUUUGGGAACGAUCAUCGUGCUUUUUGGAGCUUUCAAGGUCAUCCAAAAGAUAAUCAAGUCCCGGAAAUCCAACCAUUUCGGGAGCGACGAAGGCAGCUACUUCUUGAAUACCAAUGCGCCUGGUCACAGUAACAGCGCCCUGUCAAUGACGAUGGACACUUUCGGCUUCAGACAACGUAGUAAAAAGAUGAUUUGA